CGACCUCUUCUCUCUCCCCCACCCUUGUAGUGAAGAUGGCGCUGUCCAGGGUGUGUUGGGCUCGAGCUGUUUUGUGGGGUUCGGCUAUCACUCCUGGACCUAUUGUCACCCGUAGGCUACAACUUGGUCGCUCCCGCCUUGCUUGGGGAGCCCUUCGGUCGUCAAAGCUUCACCUGUCUCCAAAGGCAGAUAUGAAGAGCUUGAUCUCUUAUGUGGUGACCAAGACAAGAGCGAUUAAUGGGAAAUACCAUCGUUUCUUGGAUCGUCAUUUUCCCCGCUUCUAUAUCCUGUACACAAUCUUCAUGAAAGGAUUACAGAUGUUUUGGGCUGAUGCCAAACAGGCUAGAAGAAUAAGGACAAAUAUGUGGAAGCACAAUAUAAAGUUUCAUCAACUUCCAUACCGGGAGAUGGAGCAUUUGAGACAGUUCCGUCAAGAUGUCACCAAGUGUCUUUUCUUAGGUAUUAUUUCCAUUCCGCCCUUUGCCAACUACCUGGUCUUCUUGCUAAUGUACUUAUUUCCUAGGCAACUACUGAUCAAACAUUUUUGGACCCCCAAACAACAAAUUGACUUCUUAGAUAUCUAUCAUGCUCUGCGGAAGCAGUCCCACUCAGAAAUCAUUAGUUAUUUAGAGAGUGUCAUCCCUCUCAUUUCUGAUGCAGGGCUUCAGUGGCAUCUGACAGAACUAUGCACCAAGAUACAGAAUGGUACCCACCCAGCGGUACAGGACAUCCUGGCUCUCAGGGAGUGUUUCUGUGACCACCCUCUGGGCAUAAACCAGCUCCAGGCUUUGCAACUGAAAGCCUUGAGCCGGGCCAUGCUUCUCACACCUUACCUGCCUCCUCCGUGGUUGAGACGUCGUUUGAAAACUCGUAUCACUGUGAUUCACCAACUGGACAGGGCUUUGGUAAAACUGGGGAUUGGCCAGCUCACUGCUCAGGAAGUGAAAUCGGACCAUUUCUCUUCUGAGUGUUACAGGCUUGUUACCUCCGUGGCCUCAAUUCUACCCAUAUCGCUGAAGACAGGUGUCGAACUUGGCUGGGGGAAUGGCUACAGAUUUCCUGCAACAUGAAAGAAACCGAGCUGUCCCUCUUGCUGCACAACGUGGUCCUACUUUCCACCAACUACCUUGGAACAAGGCGCUGAGUGAACCAUGGAACGGACAGCACCGUCCUGCAGUCAUUUAAUAUAGCGGCGUGGGACCAAACAGCACUUGUCUGCAGUCCAUGUGCAGUUAGGUGUGCUGAGGAGCAGGUGCCAUGUCUUCACAGCCACUACCCUUGUGGGAACUAGACAUUCCACUCACAGCUCAAACUAAACUCUUCCCGAGGGUGGCCCGUAUAAGGUGUCACCUGUCUCCCUUAUAGUAAGCCGGAGUUGACAGCAAUACCUGUGCUAGGUUUUACCAUAAAGUGUUCCUUUUAGGUCUUAUAAACUGUUUUACCCCAGGGGGAAUCACCUCAUACAGAUGUAUCAGCUCCCAUGUUCGUUAUAACAGGUGGGGUUUUUGUUGUUGAAGGGUUCCCAGCUGGCAUGAACAUUACUAGUGGGACUGGAUCAUUUACAUCUAUGCAUGUUCUUGAGUGCUCCUUUGCCUCAUUUGUGAUAUGACCAAAAAUAGGAGUUUUUGUCCUCCUAACUGGCAAGGGUUAACUACUCGCUUUCCUUCUAAAUUCCUUUGAACAUUUUUUUAAAAUGACUUAAAACUUAUGGGAACAUUCCAAAGGAAUGAUUAAAAAGUGCUGCUUGACUCCUUCCCCAAAAUAUACAGCCUUCACUUCCACACUGUCUUAAUUUCUGGGCUGUUGGACAGGCCCUAGGGAUCUUCAGUUCUUUGCUACCUCCACUGUGUUGCAGAAUCCAGCUGUAACUGACAGUGGCUUCUUUGGGCCAUGGGUCAAAACCCAAAGGUACUGAUUACCACCCUGGAAGGCCAAGCACAAUCUGUAGCAGGACAGUAAGUUGGACAUAGCUUGUGUACACCUCUGUGACCUGUGGUUCUGUAAUAACUUAUUGUAAAUGCAUGAAGCACUGUUUUUAAAUCCAAGUAAAGACUACCUGAAACCAGGUGACGAAGCUUACACACACUUUCA